AUGAAACGUCCGCGUCCUAGAGCGUGCGGGCCUCCAAAGCGCGUUGAUGUGGUUCGCUGCGCGUCGAGCGCAGGCACCUUCGACUCGCACAGCACCAUGAAGGACUGCAGCACGGUGUUCGCGCUCUCCACCAUGGUCAGCUCCGUGCUCCCUUACGCGCGGCCGCCCGCCACCCGCCGGCAGAUCCGCGACUGGCCGUACCCGUACGAGUGCGCGUUCGGCUACGAGGGCGGCGAGCAGGUGCUGCGCAAGCGGCUGCUGGCCACGGACAGCAAGCACCCGCAGCUGGUGCACGUGCGCCAGGGCCUGCAGCGCACCUUCCAGCGCAUCCGCUGCUUCCUCAUGCCGCACCCGGGCAUGGCGGUGACGACGAGUGCGCAGUACGACGGCCGCCACUCGCUCAUGGAGGAGGACUUUAAGCAGCACCUCCUGGACUUCACAGAGAGCGUGCUGGCGCCGGAGAACCUCGUCGUCAAGAAGAUCGGCGGCUCCGUGGUCAAGUGCCGGGACCUCUUCGAUCCGGCCAGAGCCUUGCCCGCCAACGCAGCGCGCGCGGUCGCGCUCCCGCAGGCGUACGCGCGCGUGUACCAGGGCCGCGAGCUGCCCGAGCCCAAGACGCUGUACCUGGCGACGGCGGAGGCCAACAACCUGGCGGCGUCGGCGGCCGGGCGCGCGUCGUACGCUCGCGAGAUGGACGCGGCGCUGGCGGCUGCGUCGCCGCAGCGGCCGCUGACGAGCGACGGCCUGCGCCGCCGCCACAGCGCCGCCCGCGCCGCGGGCCUGCGCGCCUUCGACGCACGCCGCAAGCUGGGCGGGCCCGACUUCUGCGCCGAGUACCGCGCGCGCCUCGCCGCCGAGCUGGACGCGCAGCUGCAGGCGCUGCGCGGUCUUUUUGUACCUGGGAACGAUCGUCUUAAGGCUGUUGACGCUGCACGGCGGGGCUGACUCUCUAAACAGCAUCGGCAACUUCUUCGUGCUGCUGUUUCUCAUUUGGGUGGCCAGCUGGUACACCGGCGUGUUCUCCGAGCUGCGUAACGCUAUCGAAAACGCUUCCCAAACCGUGUGGGCGAUGGGCUCC